AUGGAAGUCGUUGAUUUGUUUUCCACAAAUUUAACAACACAGAAAUAUGAAGUUGAAGUAUUUAUAGCCAACAAAGCCGUGAAGUUUGAAGUUGACUCGGGUUCCGGAUAUACCCUGAUUCCCAUUAAUAAAUUCGAACAGCUGAAGUUGAAUAUCAAACUCCAGCCAUGCUCUUUGAAGUUCAGAACGUACGACGCCGGUAUUGUGUCACCUCUAGGAGUCAUCGACGUUCCAGUGAAAUUCAACAACAUCGAAUCUGUUGAACAACUGUUCAUUGUACCGGAGGGGUUUUCAUCAUUGAUUGGUCGAACGUGGAUUCAGCGUCUGCAUAUAAGCCUUCAAGAAAUAGACAAAGUCAUCAAUCAGUCAAUCAAAAAUAAUAUUCAAGAUGUUUUCCAGGUAAAAUCAGUUGACCAAUUUGUGAAAUUAUUUCCAAAAAUUUUCGAGCAGUCAGUAGUCAAGAUUCCAGGUGUCAAGUGCUCUUUACAGCUAAGAAUUAAUGCAAGGCCAGUUUUCAUCAAAGCAACAACCAUACCGUUUGCUAUUCGUGACAAAGUCGAACGUGAGCUUUCCAUGCUGGAGAAAGACAACAUAAUCACAGCCAUCGACAAAAGUGAUUGGGGAUCACCCAUAGUAGCUGUGCCAAAACCAGAUGGAAACGUUAGGUUAUGCUUUGACUAUAAAGUUGCUGUCAACAAACAGCUCACACACGCGCACUACCCGAUUCCCCGAAUUGACGAAAUAGUGAACAACCUCAGGAAUUCAAGAUACUUCUGUAAAUUAGAUCUAUACAAAGCAUACCUUCAUAUUGAAGUAGAUGAAGUAAGUGCGAUGGUUCAAACAAUUUCGACGCACAAAGGCACAUUCAAAAUGAACCGCUUAAGCUUUGGCAUCAAAUCAGCUCCGAGUGAAUUUCAUCGAAUCUUGGACCAAAUUUUAAACGGCCUAACCGGAGUUGUUUCAUACUUCGACGAUAUCAUCGUACAUGGCGAAUCCCUAAGAGAAUGCGAAGAUAAUCUAUUGAAAUGCUUCCAGAGACUUCAAGACAAUGACUUGCAUAUAAAUAGAUCAAAAUGUAAAUUUUUUGCAACCAAGAUAUCGUACCUUGGUUACCUUAUAUUGUUCAAGACAAUUGCUAAAGAUCCAAAGAAAGUUGAAGCUAUUCUCGAUGCACGAAGACCAACUAAUGAGAAGGAAGUAAAACAAUUUCUUGGACUAGUGACUUACUAUAGUAAAUUCAUCCCCAACCAUUCAACUAUCACAGCCCCGAUUCGCGAGCUACUCUGUAAGGAUUCCGGUUUUUUCUGGUCAGCGAAAUGUGAAGCAGCAUUCAUCAAGCUUAAACAUUUGAUCGGAUGCGAACAGACGCUUGUUCCAUAUGACCCUUCACUGCCAGUCACUGUUGCUUGCGAUGCCAGCCCUGUGGGAGUAGCCGCUGUUCUUUCUCAUAUCAUCGAUGGAGUCGAGAAACCGAUCUGUUUCGUAUCAAGGUCCCUUUCAAAGUCUGAGAUGAAUUAUAGCCAAAUUGAUCGCGAGGCCUUGGCUAUUGUAUUUGCACUUGACCGACUUUUUACUUAUUUAUAUGGUAGAAAGUUUACGCUCAUCACGGACAACAAACCUCUGGCAAGAAUAUUCCAUCAUCAUAGUAAUUUGCCACCCAUGACAGCCGCUAGAUUGCUCAGGUACGCAAGUUAUUUGUCUAAUUUUAACUAUGAAAUAAUUCAUCGAAACGGCGACCGAAAUGUCAAUGCCGAUUAUUUCUCAAGAAAUCCGGUCAGUAAAACUUCCAAAGAACAUUCUACAAUCGAUGAUGAAAUCUUUCAGCUCCAAAACAAUUCAUUCAGCUACAUAUCUUCAACCAACGUCACUAGUCAAAUGAUAGCACAAGAAACAUCUAAGGACCCUGAUCUGACAAAAAUAAUAAAAGAAAUCAACGCCGGAACAAGCUAUUUACAGGAAUAUACACUGCAAGGUAACAUUUUAAUCCGAGAUUCACGAGUAUACAUCCCAAAAAUUUUUCAAAAGACAAUAUUGGACGAACUUCAUGUAACACAUCCAGGCAUAGUUCGCAUGAAACAGCUAGCGAGAAGAUACUGUUACUGGCACAAUAUUGAUCGAGAUAUUUAA